GUUCUCGGAGCUUUACUUCAAAAUUCUAUCCCCAAAAAAAAAAAAAAAAAACCUUAAUAAAUAAUCUACUUUUUCUUGGUUCAGUUUUCCUCUUUGCUUUUGCUUUAUCUUUCUCGUUCCCAAAUGGGGCUUUGGGAAGCUUUUCUCAAUUGGCUACGAAGCCUCUUUUUCAAACAAGAAAUGGAGCUAUCUUUAAUAGGCCUUCAAAAUGCUGGAAAAACAUCGCUUGUAAAUGUUAUUGCAACUGGUGGAUAUAGUGAAGACAUGAUCCCAACGGUAGGAUUCAACAUGAAGAAAGUAACCAAGGGCAAUGUGACCAUAAAGUUGUGGGAUCUUGGAGGACAACCGAGGUUUCGCAGUAUGUGGGAGAGAUACUGCCGUGCAGUGGCAGCUAUUGUUUAUGUCGUGGACGCUGCUGAUUAUGAAAACUUGUCUGUCUCCAAAAGUGAACUCCAUGAUCUUUUGAGUAAGCCUUCACUGAAUGGAAUCCCGGUGCUGGUACUGGGUAACAAGAUUGACAAACCUGGAGCUUUGUCUAAACAGGAUUUGACACAUCAAAUGGAUCUCAAGUCCAUUACUGAUAGAGAAGUUUGUUGCUUCAUGAUUUCUUGCAAGAACUCUACAAACAUUGAUAUUGUCAUCGAUUGGCUUGUAAAGCAUUCAAAAGCGAAAAAUUGAACCUCAGUGAGAGCUGUAUUGUACAAUUUACAGCCAUCUUCUCCACAAGAAGGAUGGAGUUUGAGCUUGUUGUAGUGACUGAGUUUUUUUUGUUCGAAGGCAUUUUCUUCUUUGUUGUAUUUAGCUCUGUUAUGUAUUUAUUUUAUGGUGAUAUGAAUUUGUCUCAUUGAUGAGUAACUAUGGUUUGAAUUUUUAUGUAUAGUUUUCUGGUGUGAAAUCGUGUAAUGUAAAAACAUGUUUCUGCCAUUUUUGUAUGAAGUGAUGGCUUUUCUGAAUUUUGAGAA